GGUAGUGCUUGCUUCUGUGGUUUGAACUUGAAUAAACUCAUGUCGACGGCCGGGUCCGGGACCUUCGCGCGGUCGGUGUUGCUGGCGGCCAGCGUUGUGGGCUACUUGUUUUCCGUAGUGGAGCGGCGCGGUUCCCACUUUGUUCGCCGUCCCCCCUUGAGCACGGGAGACGCGGUUCGUGUUCUCACUUGUUGGAGCAGCCGAGUGGUGUGCAAGCAGCCCAGCGGCGUAAGCUCAAAGUGUGGCUGAUAAUCCAUUUCUGCGGAUGUGACGCCGCACGAGCCCGCUGAAGCUGUGCAGGGUUCCGCGCCAAGCUUUUGAAGAGCCGGACCGGCGACGCCGUCCCAGUCCUGGCGCAGUUCGGGCGCCCCCGUC